UUGAUGACGUCACGGUCGGCGCCCCCGCCAUCUUAGUUUUGGGCAGCGAGGCGGCAACUUUGGAAGUGUGGCUUGGGUGCGGAUGUCUUAAUGCGGAGACCCUGCGGGCGUGGACCCUUGGUGAGCCUGGCCGUAGGGGCCGUGGCGGUGAUAACGUCGUGGCUCCUGGGCUGGUGUGGUUCUUCGGCUGGCUUUCGCCUUUUCAUACCCGAGGAACUGUCCCGCUACCGCGGCGGCCCGGGAGAUCCGGGUCUCUACUUGGCAUUGCUUGGCCGUGUCUACGACGUGUCCUCUGGCCGGAGGCACUACGAACCUGGAGCCCACUAUAGCGGCUUCGCAGGCCGAGAUGCAUCCAGAGCAUUUGUGACCGGAGACUACUCUGAAGCAGGCCUGGUAGAUGAUGUAGCUGAUUUGUCCUUCUCUGAGAUGCUGACCCUUCAAAACUGGCUUUCAUUUUAUGAGAAGAAUUACGUAUUUGUGGGAAGGGUGAUAGGAAGGUUCUACAGAGAGGACGGGCUGCCCACCCCAGAGCUGAUCCAGGUAGAAGCCAUGAUGGCCAAAGGCUUGGAGGCUAAUAAACAGGCCCAGCAAGAGAAGCAGAAGUUCCCACCAUGCAAUGCUGAGUGGAGUGCCACCAAGGGCACCCGGUUCUGGUGUUCCCAGAAGAGUGGAGGUGUGAGCAGAGACUGGAUUGGCGUCCCCAGGAAGCUGUAUAAGCCUGGGUCCAAAGAGCCCCGCUGCGUGUGUGUGAGAACAACUGGCCCCCCUAGUGACCAGACUCUGGACAACCCCACACACAGAAAUCGUGGGGACCUGGAUGACCCCAGCUUGACAGAAUACCCAGGCUGCCCAGCUCUGGCCAUCACAUGCUCUUUCCCUCUCUAAGCUGGUACCCUAUUCAUUGGUAACACACUACCCUACAUGGAACUCUAUAGGCCCUGAUACUCGUGCCAUAGGGUGUCUCCUGGCCUGAAACGGAGCCUAGACUCCAGAAGGACUCUGGCCACACCCUGCAAAUGUACCUCACCAUGGGUUACUCAUUCUGCUGAGGCAAAAGCUGGGCAGCCUACAGGUACUCAUCAGCCUGUUCUGACACUGUUUCCCUGUGGCCACUUAUGUCUUCCUUCUGCACCCUCAGAUAUUAAUGGAUACAAAUACAACCUUUUCAGAAAUAACUAGAAAACAAGGAAAAGUCUCUGAGCUCUAGCCACUUCCUUACCAGGCCUGGACCAGCUGCUAGUCUGAGCCCUGCUCAUAACCCCAGCCCUGUCAGGGCAUCUGGAGCAGUAGCAGAAAGGGACUGCAUCUCAGCAGAGCAAGACACGUCACAAGAAGCUGUGCAUAUUAACAGCAUAAGGUAACUUUGUCCCUAAGUCCCCACUAAGCUUGUGAUACCUGACUUUUACAACCUUUUUUUUUUUUUUUUAACCUCUACC